AUGGGGUUUUACGAAGGAAGGAGGGGGAAGCUUGGAAAAGAAUGGCGCUUAGGGAGGAGGAAGCUCGUUUGCACUAAGAAUGGAGCAGCAAAUGAAGCGAGUGGAAGCUUUGAGCGAGUUCCUUUCACUUUCUCCGAAGAAGCUACUCUGGAGGUGUUUGAAAAGCGGGAGAGUAGGUGUUCGUUCUUGAGCAAAAGAGGGAUCCAUGGAUUGGGAAUGUGGAAGUAUGAAUGCGAACGAGGGCUCAAGGCGAUCAACCGUUGGACGAUGGUUAGUUCAAGUAAAUCGACUUGA